UUUGCUUUGCUUUGACUUCUUUAACUACCUGGGGAUAGUGACUAUCCAGAGUCAUGCCAUGAUGAGCUUGCAUCUCUGAAUGAAUGUGAUUAUUAGAUUUAUUGGAUUUUAGAGACUUGGUUGGUAGUUUUAUGUGAAGGCAAAUACACAUCGCCAUUUCGAAACUCGACGCAGCUCAGAUUCAAUAAUACCCAGGAUCUACCACUGCGACCAGUAAACAUCACCUCGCAGAUCAAAUAUUACGCUCCGUCUUAUCUCCACCCCACAAAACAUCCAUCUCACCACAGGUUUCUCGUCCCGCAGCCAUGGACGACACCAUCUUGAACAAUGACCGCGACUACGCCAACAACUGGGAGCUCUACGCGAAUCCGAACGGAGGAGAACCGGGGGAAGUGCAUACCUCCUGGGAUCAAAUGGGUCAGCCGCAUCCGGUGACGAAUUACGGAUAUACCGAGCCCCAGCCGACGAAUACAUGGCAAUGGAGCGAUGCGGAUACUGCGACUGCUACGGAGUCUUGGAUGUCGCAGAUCACCAGUCAGAGCGAGAGUGAGACGUGGACUGCAUCUGCAGAUACAGCGACAGAUACAGCCAGUGCUACAGCUACAGACACAGAAACAGAAACAUCCUCUCCCAGCACCACAUCUACAUCUCAAACCUCAACAUCAACAGACACCACCACCUCCCAAACCUCCACAUCAACCCUAACCUCCUCCUCAUCAUCAUCAACAUCAACAUCAACAUCAACAUCCCUCCCCACCACAACCUCAUCCCCAUCCUCCUCAUCCUCCCUCCCCACCAAAACCAAACUCGCCAUCGCCCUCCCCAUCUCCCUCAUCGGUACCGCCCUCCUCCUCGCCCUCCUCCUCCUCUUUCUCCGCCGUCGCCGCCGCCGCUCCAAAACCACCCGCUCCGGCCCCUACAUGGACAUCCGAAACCCAUCCUCCUCGCGCAUCGUCCCCUCCCACGCCCACUCGCACUCCUUCUCGCAAGGCGAAAACGACAACCCAUGGGACUACCUCGGCCCGACAAGCGGAGCCUACGGACCGGGAACAUCGCAGACGAUGAUCACAGGCGGAGCCGCAGCCGCAGCAGCCACUGCAGGAACAGCAGCGGGGGCGAGAAGUAGUCGCGACACGUCCAGAAGUAGUGUCACGAGACAGCCGCAUCCUGAGAGGCCGGAGCUUUCGGUUCUGCAGACGGGGUCGGUGACCGGGUUGAAGGUCUUUCCGGAUCCGUUGCAUUCGCAUCCCACUUCGCCGGUUUCUCAGGCGGGAGCUGGAGCUGGAGCUCGGGGAGAGGGAGAUGGAGAAGGGAGUGGGAUUGGGCUGGCGCGGACGACGCAGGAGUAUGACCGUGACCGUGACCGUGACUGCGACAGUGGCCGUGGGGAUGGACAUGGGCAUGGGCAGAGUCUGGACAUCGAAAGGUCCCGCUCGCCAUUCGAUCAUCCGCUGGACGAUGCGGUGUCUGAGAUCUCGAGGAUGAGUAGUGGGCGACGACGGGUGGUGCGUGGACAGGGGCAUUAUUAUCGGAAUGUCGAUGGGGAUGAGUAUGACGGGUCGUCUGUUUCGUCGGUGAGUGACGAUGAGGAUGAGGAUCAGCGUUAUCGUCCUGGUCAGCGGGCUUUGAGGAGGGACUGAGGUCUUUGGUUUGGAUUGAUUUUUGGAUUGAUUUGGAGUUGGAGUUUGUUGGACAGUGCUGGUGCUCACUGCUGGUAUUCCUGGGUUUUCUGGUUUAGCUGGUUAUUUUAUUUGGUUCUUAGGACUAGGAUUAUGGUAAUGUUUAGGAAUG